GCGUCAGCGUGGCUGCAAGGUGAAACAUCGCCCAGUCACCUUUUGGAAUUUCGACGACCAAGGAUUGCGUAGAGGGUGUAGAGUCAACGGUGCUGAUUCGAAUUGGCGGCUGACAGGUGCUGUCAGCGUGAUAGUAAUAAUCGCCAGAGCCGCUGCACACUCCGACUGCGCGUUAAAAAUAGAGGAACACUGUUCAAUAUAUCGCGGGAGGGCAAUAGCAGGAAUGGAAAUAUGUCUCGUGUCAUGAAAUAUAUGUAGGGUUCAUCCACUGCCCCUUGAUAGCAAACGACUGCCCUUGCGUCUCAAGAAACUGGCGCCGUGAUCUACUAGCGAAACCUGGCGAAUUCCAACAUGUCGAACUACCACCAUGGAAUCUCCGUAGCGGAGCCCAAUUACGGCUCUUCUUCAACUCACACCCUCACGCCUUGCCAAACGGGUGACCGCGAUGUCGAGAAGGGCUUCGGGAGGGACCAGACCACCGUGUCCAUGCCGUCCGAGUUGUUCGAAAAGCUCUAUCUGACACCCAAGGCCCCGCACGCUGACAAUAAUGUUCGACGUUUCGCUAACCCGACGCCACUUGGCUUCGUUGGUUUCGUUAUAUCGACCUUUACCUUCUCCAUGAUUCUGCUGGGAUUCGGCGGGUCCAGCGGGCUGUCCCCCGUCGUCGGCAUUUUCCUCUUUACCGGUCCUGUUUUGUUGUUCGUCGCCAUGAUCUUUGAGUGGAUCAUGGGCAACUUUUUCCCAAUGAUGGUUAUGGGUCUGUUCACGGUCUUCUGGCUGUCGUUCGGCUUGCUCAAUCUCCCUACGCUUGAGCUCGGGUCGCCCUUUGCAACUCCCAACGAUCCAACUGGUCUCUCUUCACAAGGAUACAAUGCCGCGGUUGCAUUGUACCUGAUCGUUUGGGGAUUUGCUCUGUUCACCUUCUUCAUCUUCACGCUCAGGAUCAAUCUCGUGUUUGCAUCGCUAUUUUUCAUAGUUAGCAUUGGUGCUUGGGUAUUGGGUGCCGCAUACUUCAAGGUAUCCUAUGGCGAUUAUGCGGGUGCUAUGGUCUGCCAGAAGGCCGGAGCAUCACUGUUGUUCGUGGACGGAUUCUUGGGAUGGUAUGCGUGUUUCUCCAUGAUGGCUGCUGAGAUGCACAUGCCACUGAAGCUACCAUUCGGCGAUCUCAGCCACUUCUGGGCAAACUCUCAUGUAGAAAUGAAGUCCGAAUGAUCAACACGGUUCAAAAUCACAAGUAGUGAUGUAUGCCACACGAGAAGCGAAGAUGGGCUACGCAUAGCGUUGUUUUGACGAUACGUUGUAUAUAGAUAUGUUUCAUGGAGUUUUAUGUGUA